AAUACGCUCCAGGUUUGCCAACUCACGAAGAUCAGGCGUCACGCUCCCGAAGAGUUUCCAGCAGUGCAGUCGUCGAUCCAAUUUAUAUAUAGUUGAAAUCACUGGUUUCAACGGUUUCAUUUGGCGUAAGUUAUUCCAUGACGUAUUAUGUUUUGUUUUGAACUCAUGCUGUCUGGAGGAAGCGGGAAAGUUGUAUUGUGUAACAUAAACGUUUUCUAUGAAUUAAAGUAGGCAAUCUUCAUUCACUAACGUAAUUAUAUUCAGUUGAUACUGCAGAAACACAAGGCUCUAUUUAAGAACCGUUGUGAUAACAGAAUUACUGAAGUAUGUCAUCAGUUAAUGCUGCAGAGAGACAGCACGCACAGGAAGAAUAUGGAGCACAGUUACAUAAAUGGAGCCCUUACAAGCUGUACAACAAUGUUGUGGAAAUCAUGAAAACUGUGGUAGAGGAAGGAAUGGAAGGUUGGGAACAUAGUCUCAAGAAGUUUGUUCCAGAAUGUAAUAAUGUAAAUGUAUGUUCCAUUUUAAAAUCUGAACUGUAUGCGUCUGUUGACAGAAGUGGACCAGAAUUAAUGAAUGCAAUAAAGCAGUCUCUGAGUAUUCCUCGGGAUUUUUUGCUGCCAGAAGAUGAAGUUCAGAGACAGCAGUACACUGAUCAGGAUCUUGAAGACAUGCACAAGAUUACAGCAGAACUAAUAAGGAGAUACCAAUAUAAUGAACAACUCAUCAGUGUCCUUGAAGCUGAACGUGAUAUCCUGGAAGAGUUUAAAGGCAUUGACACUAAAGUUGCUGAAUGGCAAGAACUAAAAAAAAAAAGUUGGGAUGAAGCUGCUGGCAUGAAAGAUCAAAUUAAUUUGUUAAGAUCCAAGAAAGGACAUGGCUUUGACACUCCACGGACAUCUACAAUUUUGAAUUCUUUGUGUGCAAAUCUAAAUGAUUAAUUUGUAUAUUUAGAAAUAUAUUUAAAGAAUAUAUUUGUAUAUGAACAAUUUUACAGAAUGUUUACGUGCAAUUAGUUAUAAAUUAAUUGUUUGUGCUAAAUAAUUGAAUAAUACAUUUUUUAUCCAAAAAAAACCCAACAUUUUUUUAGGUAAAGUGAUGGAAAUAUGCAAAAAAUUAAAAAUAUGUAAAGUUUUCAAAGUAGAUAAUAGAAAAUAUAUGUAAGAAAUAAGAAAGUAUUUAUUUUUUUUUUGUUUCAACUGUAUCUAAGAGAUGUUAAAAUUUAGAAGAAUUCCUUAAUAUCAUAUGAGAAUUUGUUGAUGAAUUUCAUAAUGCCAUUCAAUUUAUCCUCACUAUAAGGAAAUAGAUGUGUGAUAUAUAAUGUGAAAUUGAAAUUUUGGUGCUAAUACAGUAUUGACUUUCUUGUACUAGAUAGUCUUCUUUUCUGUUUAGCCUGGGCUAUCUAUUUGGUUUUGCUCCACUCUCUUCGCAGCUACCAUCUAUUAGCCACCUAAAACGUUUUCUUCUUUUUCUUUUUUGUUUCAUCAAGUUUCAGGUACCUAAUAGUAGAAUGGAAAUAUAACCUAGAAUAUUAAUGAAGAGUGUAAUCUGAUCCUACAUGCAAAAUUCCAUUGAAAAAUCUAGAGUAGUUUUUAAGAAAAUAUCGUUUAAGUGUUUCUGAAAAUGUGCAUUUUCAACCUCAUUUUCAUCCAAAGCAUUUCAAGAACUUGUACUCACAAAUUGAUAU